UCCAAAGUUGGGAGUGAAGUUCACACUGGUGUCGGGGAUUCUGCUUCUGGGUGGAGUGUAUUUUCUCCUAGGGUUUCUGGCUGACAUGCCUCCAGGGGCAGUGUUUGUGGUGGUUGGCAUAGUACUGCGGUCGGCAGAAGGAGUGGGGUGGGCUAUGGGCAACACAACCACGUUAGCACUACUUCCCUACCUCUAUCCCUCCCAUGUCGGACUACUUUCAGGAUUGCUACUAGGAUUUGAAGGUUUGGGAUAUUCCAUUGCUCCACCUAUCGGCAGCCUAUUUGCCUCGGAGGGUGACUAUCAUGUACCAUUCUGGAUGGUUGGGGGAAUAAUCAUAAUACUUUCUCCACUUGUUCUCUUGCUAGUAAAG